AGGCGUAGCUAAGACUAAGAUUCAAACAGAUGGCAGGAAUGUGCCAUCUAAAUCCUGCAACAGUUGAAUCACACGAGUGAUGACUUACCUGUGUGUAUUUUGAACAGCUACUUUUACCCAGUUGCUUGUAUGAGGUGAUGCAGCAAAACUUGGAGGCAAAAAAUAAUCACUGAUUCUGCAUCAUAUAUUCAAAUUGAUACAGUUUGCAAAUUUGCUAUAUUUAUAAUAUAAGAAAUGUUUUCUGUGUUUCAAUGGUUAAAUAUUGUUUGAUGACAUAAAGAAAUUUGAGUUUUUAUCACUUUAAGAGAGCAGGAGCAGGAAAUUUAGUUUUAUAUGUUUGGUGAUUAUGCAGUGUAAUUUAUGGAUGUGGACUCAAAUCAAGUGAGUAAAUGCAAACUUUUUAUUUAGCAACAUUAGCAAGUAAUCACACAUGAAAUAUUUGCUGUUUAUCUGGAAAAGAAUAAUCAAUCUAUAUGUUCUUUCAAUAACUAUGAGAGUUCCACACUUUUCUAUUUUUACUUAAUAAACAUUUAAAUAAAAAGUAAAAUACGUCUGGGUCAAUGAACAGUGGGGGGCCUCAUUCAGUCAGAGUGCCAUGCUUGUUACAGAGGCUAACACCAUGUAGUGCCAGGCAGAGGUGAUAUUUGAUAGGGUGGUUGAAGGUUGUCUUGCCCCAAAGCUAAAAUGGAGGGAAAGGACAGGGAGGGGCUGGAGAGGUGUAGCAGAGAUUGAAUUUCAACGGGACAGCAUUCCUAAAAAAUUUCAAGACAGACAACAUGAGGCAGCAAGAGACAGGGCAAGACCGUGAGUGUUCCCUUAGCCAACAACUGGAAGCACAGUUUGUGUACAACCUGGUCAGAGAGUUUAACCGAACUGCCGGUGGACUAAAGGUAGACCCGCCAAGCCAAACAGGGACUUUGUGUAUACGCAGACGGACAUGAUGACAGCGAAAAAGACAGACAACCUGAUGAGCCACAGGAGACCAGCAAUGUGAUUUUUCAUCCUGCCAUUAGUCUCUGUCAGCAGCUGUUUUACACUUAACAUGGUUUGCUUUUAGGUCCAGCUUUACAACUUCUAAGGAGAGUGAUUUGUUGCGUUCCCUGCCCUGGCAUGGACAGAGGUGACCCACAUGAAGAUGAAAGAGGAGGGAGAGGGAACAAGAGUGAUGGAGAGAAAGAUAAACAGCUCAAGAACCAGCUCAACAGUGAGGAGAAAGGAGAGAAGGAGAUCAAAGUGAAUGAGAAAGAGAAGAGGAAAGAGAGCCGGCGGUCUGGGUCUCUAUGGAGAAAUGGAUGGGCGCUGAGUGAAAGGCUGGCCAUCAAUGUCUCAGGGAUGCGUUAUGAAACUCAGCUUCGCACCUUAGCCCAAUUCCCCGACUCCUUGCUUGGGGACCCCAGGCGGAGGUCACGAUACUUUGACCCAAUUCGAAAUGAGCUCUUCCUGGACCGCAAUCGGGCCUGCUUUGAUGCCAUCCUGUAUUUUUACCAGUCAGGUGGGAGGCUUCGGAGGCCUGCCAACAUACCCUUGGACAUCUUUAUGGAUGAGCUGAUGUUCUAUGAACUGGGAGAGGAGAUCAUGAACCGUUUCAAGGAGGACGAAGGUUUUCCAAAAGAGGAGGAGAGCCCGCUGCCAUCCAAUGAAAUCCAGAGAAGACUAUGGAUGCUGUUUGAGCACCCUGAGUCCUCGUCAGGCGCACGUAUCAUAGCCAUCAUCAGUGUUAUGGUCAUUGUGGUGUCCAUCCUCAUCUUCUGCCUGGAGACUCUACCGGACUUCAGGAAUGAGAAAGAGACACGAGAGGAAUAUUUUUACAGGUACCACUCCCAGGCAAAGAACGUGUCUGAGAACAUGCCUCCUCCAUCUGGUGUUUUCCAUGACCCCUUCUUCUUGGUGGAGACCAUAUGUAUAUGCUGGUUCUCCUUUGAGCUCCUCAUGCGUUUCACAUGCUCACCCAGCAAGAUGCGCUUCUUCAAGGAUGUCAUGAACAUCAUUGAUUUCAGUGCCAUCCUGCCCUAUUUUGUCACUUUGGGAACAGAGCUGGCCAAGGACAAUGAUGCCUCUCCAGCCACAUCUUUGGCCAUCAUCAGAGUCAUCAGGUUAGUAAGAGUUUUCAGGAUCUUCAAGUUGUCUCGUCACUCAAAAGGCCUCCAGAUCCUUGGUCAGACACUGAGGGCCAGCAUGCGUGAGCUGGGCCUGCUUAUCUUUUUCCUUUUUAUUGGCGUCAUCCUCUUCUCCAGUGCCAUCUACUUUGCUGAGGCUGACCACACCAAUACAGCCUUUAUCAGUAUACCACAUGCCUUCUGGUGGGCAGUUGUCACCAUGACCACAGUGGGCUAUGGUGACAUGUACCCAGAGACAGUGUGGGGUAAGUUAGUGGGCUCGAUGUGCGCCAUUGCUGGUGUGCUUACUAUAUCUCUGCCAGUGCCUGUCAUAGUGUCCAACUUUAGCUACUUCUACCAUCGAGAGACUGAAUGUGAGGAUCAAACUGAGUACACCCAUGUCAAGACAAGUCUAUGGGACAAUGAUGAUCCAGAAGAGGAGGAAAUAGAGGAAGGCGACGGGUAUCCAGAGGGAGAUUAUUAUGCCAUUGAGGGCAUCUGCAACCCUCUGAACGGGACACUGUUAGGUGGACUGUGUACAGGACAAAGCACAGAGUUCAGAGGAGGAAAUAUGUAUCUGAGGGAACCACUUGUUACUCAAGUUUAGGAACCAUGAGUGUUGAUUUGUGCCAUUUGACAAAGGACGAAGUAAAUGAAAAAGAAGGAGAAAAAAACAAUGAAUAUGAGUUCAUAGGUCUACAGGUCCCAAAGAAACAAACUGGCCAAGAGAAACUGGUGAAUAAUGAAGUAAAUAUAAUAUAUAAAUAUAGCACAAAUUUUGGCUUUGAUACUUUUCAUUGCCUUUCCUUGUUCAUUUAUAGGUACUUAUUAAAGCAAUACCCAUCCAGUUGCUCAAAUGCAACUUUUAUAUAAAGAUUUAAAAAAGCAAGAAAAAGACAGCGAUAUUAUAUUCUCAGGGUCAUGAUACAAGUAUAAUGUAAGCUGUUAUUUAUUAAUGCUAUAAGCUCUUGUUAGAAAUAAAAAUGACUUUUUGAAUGUCUGUUCUGUGCCUUGAAACUAUGAUGUCUUAGUGCUGUCACCUUGUGGCUUAAUGUUUGAAGUGGAGGCACAUAGAUUAUCAGUAAUUUAGAUGUUAUUCAUCAUCAAAACUCAACCAUACACCAGCAAUGCUGUCAUGACAGGCAGGCUUUCAUAAACUCACCCCAAAUUCUCAACAUUCUCUGUAUGUCACAUACAAAGUUCACAUUUGUGUACUUUUGGCUUGUGUGUCCUGAAGCGACACUGAAGCCAUGUUACCUAUUUGUAUUAAAGUUUUGAUUGCUAUGGCAAAAAAAUUCUGUAUUUAACUGCUUAAUCAUGCACUCAGUGUUUUUAAUAAAGACUAUAUUUUAUUAAUUUUCUUAAAAAAAAGUAGUGUCAUUUGGUUGCCUGUGCUAUUGGUAAAAUCAUAUUUGCCUGUUAAAUAUAGUAGUGUUAUUUUAGGAUAUGAAAUACAACAAACAGUUACAUUUAAUCCUUCACUGCUUAGGCUACUGCAUCUCUUAGCUCAACAUUUAAUCAUGGGUGUUUGCCAGAUCGAAUCUGUGUCUCAAUUUUGUAUGGCCAUGACCAACCUUUUCCACAGCUACUAAGCUGUCAGAUGGAAUAGCUUCCAACAACAAUGCUCUCAGUUUCACUGGAACACAUAAGACUUUCCACAACAUCACAAUGGUGACCUAUGUUAAGUUAUGUGUACUGAUGCAACAUGGCACGUGUAAACUGCUUCCGCAAUGUGUUUUAGUGUUUUGUGUUAAUGCUGUUAGUUUAACAGACAGUAAAAGGCAAAUAAAUUUAAAUAAAUUUUAUGUGAAAUAAACAAACAUGAUUCACGAUUA